CACCAUACCAGCGGUUGUCACGGCUUGGGCGGUGCGUACACACGAGUUCAACCAUAUGCGUGGGUGAAUGGGUGGGCACACAUUACCGUGACUACUGCCUGAACUCCCCCUCACCCCCUCCCAACCCCGCCAAACGGCUCGUUAGUUUGUGAAGCUCAGGGGGUCCACCAUGAAGAAGAAGUAGAGGUAGCAAAAGAAAGACCCAAAGAGGAGGAAAAGAGAACUAAACACGCUCACAUGCUCACUGGGGCUCUCUCCCUUUUGGCUUCCUUUCCUUCUUCCGUCUGUCAGUUUAUUCAGUGUUGUUCAGUGUGCGCCAACGUGUGUGCCGCUACUGCCCAGUGAAUAAAAUAAAUUAUUUGCUGAAUAACAGUUUCGUGAUUUUAUGAACAAUUGUUAGUCGUGAUUUUUACGGUGAGGAAUGGUGAACGUUGCUGGGUGCGGGGUGAGGGGAUUCACGUGAAGGGUGUGGGGCCGACAGGAGGAAAAUCACGGCUGAGGCUCUGAUAUCAUAAUGGCACUCGACAAUCCGUCCUAUUUCUCCCUGUCCGGAGGAUCGGUGCAGUCGUCGGGGUCGUCAGGGCACCCCCGCGGCUUCGCGGCAUUUUUUCGCAAGCGCCAGACGAAAAUGGGGUCGACCUCGUCGGCGUCAGUCAUGUCCACCUCCACCGGAAGCACCCUGACCCACCACAGGAGCAUUGAAUCCGUCGAGGAGUGCCAGCCGAUGCUGACGAGGUCCCUGAACCUGACGAAUCCCCAGAGGAGGAGCUUCCGGGGCCUCUCGAGGUCAGUGAGUGCACACGCGGAUAACGAGACCCUUCAGAUACUGAAGGGUGAGCCGAGGCCGACGGACAUCGCUCCACCGUCGCCGCACCUUCCCCACAGGUCGCACUCCCACUCGGAUCACGACAGGAGGCGGCCAAUCAGACGAAGAGUCCUCAAAUCCGCGAGUGAAUUGUUGUCGGAUGAUAUGGUAUUUUGUGGACUCCCGGGGGAGGAGAAUCCACCGGGACGGGGGGAUGAUGAGGAUGGGGAGGUGUUUCUCGGGGUGGAGGACGCGAGGUACUAUAAUUUAUCCGCGACAUUGCCAGCUCCUGGGGCCUCUGGGAGCCGGAGACACUCCAUUGGGACAUUUCUGGAGAAGGACGAGAACGGAGGACAUCGCAGGAGGAUCAUUCAGACGGAGGGAUUCAUCAAGGAACCCGAAGGAUUCGCACCCCCUAUUCCCGUCGAUCAGGUCGAUGGGAGGGACCUCAGGAGGAAGUGCAGGAAGCACAAGAGCUCCAGGAAAGGUUCGCGAGGGCGAACGGGAGUCAGUGGGCAUCAGGAGGCAGCAAAUGCCAAAUUGAUGGAGGACAGAGACGAUGUGGUUUUCGUUUCGAGUAAAGACAGUGAGGCGUCAACGUUAUGGGUCAACUACCUCACAGCUUGCUUUGAGCAGAUCAGUAGACAGCAGGGGCGGCCGCCUUUCAAAGUGAGACACGUGACAGUAGAAGACUCGGUAUCGGUAACUCAGUCAACGCAAGACCGGGUCGCAAAAUCCCGUCUCCAGAUAGUGGUGGUGUGUCCAGUUCUCCUGGACCGAGCGGCGACGAAGCCGGAGCAGGCGUCAGCCCUCGCCCGGCAAUUAUCUCCAGAGCGUGUCCUGGCGAUGAUGCUGGGUGUUCACGACGGCCACCUCACAGAGAGCCAGAGAACAGCGCUGAUAUCGUACCCCCAGUGGCGAAAAUUCUUCGUAAAGGAUCAGGACGAGACAUUCGUCGGGGAAUUCCUGGCGGCUGCUGUCGCCAUCCUCGGGGCAAAUCCACCCACUGCCCUCAAGAACGACAAAACGACCUUCUCCGUUCACCCGAAGAAGGUCAAGAUCGGACAGAGUCGGGUGCUCAUUGUUAUGAACGAUCCGCUUGGUCCGGAUGACGUUGUCAGUGUCGUUGUUGACAGGUGUGGCGAGGCCAUUGACGUGACGCUAAUAAAACGGAGGAAUCCGUAUACUCUGCAACUUGCGGUACCGGACAGGUGCCUCGAGGUGUCGAUGCUCAUUGGCAUCAGGGUCAUUGUUAACGGGAUUCCCCAGGGCGUGAGGCAGGUCAAGUGUGAGAGUAGGUUGAGGGAACUCGAUCAGAUACUCCGGGCUCACGAUAAUCCACUGGAGUUCAUGUGUCAGACAUUUGGGUUUAAUCCGGGAGAUCGCGAUCAAUUGGAUAACUGGAUGGUCCAUGCCUUUCAAAGAAACUUGCCGCCACGUUUUGAUCUUCUGGCUACACCCACCGGUGCUGUGCCUCUACAGAGAAACACAACGAGCACCGAGGAGUACCCCACCCUCCUUCACUUCGCAGCUCGUUUCGGCCUUGAGAAAUUAGCUUGGCAAUUACUGGAGUGCCCCGGUGGUGAAAUUGCUUGUGAUCUAAAAAAUGUCGCCGAGUUAGCCCCCGCUGAUAUCGCUGAGCAAGCGGGUCACAACAAGCUUGCCCAGCAGCUUCGUGGCUACAUGCAAAUGAAUGAAUUCACGAACAUGUAUAGCUACCUCAAGGUCAUCAGUGAAAAUGCGGGAGCAGGAGCAACGAACGAAAGUCCCUCCCCACUGACCCACUUCAACUGCCUGGACACAGAAAACGACAAGGAGGAUUACUGCCGUCCUCGACCCCUUAGCGAGGCGUAUCUGGUACCACCAGCGGCUCGCCCGGUCACAACAUCCCCCUCGAUGACCCCCAUAACGCCCCCUCAAUUGCCACCACCAAAUCCGACCUCGCCAACUCCCAGCGAGAUGAAUUACUCAAUUGUACCACCACCUACACCAGUACUGGGCGCACCCCCGAUCAAUCUCAAUCAUUACGACGUAAAUGGUUUGAAUUUACCCCUUCAAGGAUACAUGAAGAUGUAUCCAGCAAGUCCAAAGGUGCCUCCACCACUGCCAGCCCCUGUAACCGCCCCCCUCCAGGCCCUGAGGCCCACCCCCACCCAACAACCAAAAAAAGACCCGAAGGACGAAACCCCCGGCUCCAGAACGGGCAGUCUACACCGCUCGACAUCGAACCAGAGCAGCAAAUCUCGCGAGCCAUCUGGUCCCCAGGACGAGCUCCUGGAGAUCAUAAAUGAUUUCAAAAACAAUGUGUUCACCAUUUCCGAGGUGGAGAGGCUCGUGGAGAACUGGCGGAAUCGCAAUGACGUCCAGCAGAGUUUCAAGGACAAGCAGAGACAACUCGCAGCGAUGAGGGACGAAUACGAGAGGAUCCAGAAGAAGCUGAAGGAGGAAAUGAAGGCCCCGACGCCGUUCGAUAAGAUUAAGAAGUUCUUCUCGAAAGGGAAGAAGGAGCCGAAGGAGGGUGGAGGGGGUGAGGAUGGGGCAGCUGUUAGUAAGACUGAGAAGAGCUGCGAUGGAGGUGACAGAAGACCCAUCAGCAGUUUAAGUCUUCAUAGUGUUUCAAGUUCGUCAUCCUCUGGACGGAUGAGUAUCAUAAGUGGGUGCUCUGGAACGAGUCUAGGGGACAGUGGAACACAUUCAGACACUGAGGACCGAAGAUUGAGAAAUUCCCGGGAAGAUAAAGGCGGAAUAAUGACAUACGAAGUUCCACCAGCGCCCAAGCCCUUCACCGGGAGAUACUCACCCAUGCGAUACACUCCAUCGCCGCGUUCAUCCGGUUCGCACCCUGAAAACGAGACCAGAAAACCGCAAAUCCAGAAUGGAAGCUCCAGCGAUGAGUAUUAUAUCGCGUUUCCCGUGUCCGGACUUCCCAUUCACUUUUUUAAUCCCGAUGGAACACCGAUAGAACCAAAAACCCCGAAUUCUCCGUGUGAUACUCCCCUCCAUCAAAUUCCAACUAACAUCCCAGAGGAAGACAAUCAUUCCGAUAACCCCGAAAAGACUGAAAUAAAAGAAAUAAAUACACUUCCUGUCGCACCUCCUCCACCACCCCCUUCCCCACCCACUCAUGUCUCCCUCGACUACAUGAAUAUUGUUCCUGCUAACAUACCCUCGAGUGUCCUCCAAACACCCGUCAAUGAGAGCCUGCGGGUGGACAACGAGAGAGUGGAGGUACCCUUGAGCGUAACAAAAGUUUUGAAUGGAGAACCGGUCAAGGUUGCCGAUGGGGAGACGAUGAUUGUCAAUGAGGGAACGAAGGAAGAGCCCCAAGUGAAUUUUACACAAUCAGAUCACGUCCGGCUGGAGGGUGGGAGCGUGGAGGCUGUCGGGAAGUCCAGGUUCCCGGAAUAUAUGAAUAUUUCUCCUGGUGGUGAUCAGGAGCCGAGAAUCGUUGGAAUUAUUCCAAAAAAACCGGCUGCACCUCCGGUGCCUCCGAGAGCCCAGACAAAGAAAUGAAUAACCGAUGAGCUCCAUCAUCUUCACGAGGAGUAGAAUAAUAAUAAAAUUUUAAUGUACCAAAUAUAUACCAACGAAUAAUCCAAAUUAAUUGUUUAGUCGUGUUACUGUAAAAUGUCUAUUAUCAACGAAUUAAGUGAAUUGUUUAUACGUCCAAUCGAAGUUUAUGUAAUGAAGGCAUCUUGUGUUAUACUGAGAGACUGAGUUCCGUAAUUUCCCCGGAAUUCUCCGGACAUCUGCCCCAAAACGUGAGUGAAUGCCUCGAUCCUACAUUUAUCCUGAGCAUGCUCUCCCAACGGGUAUUCUAUUUGUACUAAUCAUCAAAUAAUUUGUAACGAAUAGAUAAAUAAAUUUUUUAUGAAUUUACUGAU